AUGGCGGAAGAGCAAGCGGAAGGAGUUGCACUUGCUAGGCAUGUGGUGGAAGACAUCCGGAGUAAGUGGGGCGUCCACCAGAGCGCCUCGUCUGAAGUGGUGUCUUUCCUGCAUGAAGCCCUCCAGAGAGCGCUCACCACACUCUCGUCGGACAUCUACAAGUCGGAGACACACUUUCUCCUGGAGCUCAUUCAGAAUGCUGAUGAUAAUAGCUAUGCUAAUGGAGCUGAGCCUGGUCUUGAAGUCCAUUUGCUUGGAGGACACGAUGACAAGGCUCGCAUCGUCCUGCUCAACAACGAGCUCGGCUUUCGUGAGCGCGACGUCCGUGCUCUGUGCAACAUCGGCGACUCGACAAAGAAGACUGCGCUCGGCUACAUCGGCGAAAAGGGCAUCGGCUUCAAGUCGGUCUUUAUGGUCUCGCACGCUCCGGCUCUGGUCUCCAACGGCUACGCCUUUCAGUUUGCAGCCAAGCCGCCCGGUGUCGCCGACGACUCGGCCGAGGUCGGCCUUGGAUUUGUGGUGCCCGAGUGGAUUGAUGGCGACGCCCGCGAGGUGCUGGGCGUUCCGCCGCCGGUCGGCCUUGAUGGCAAGGCCGCCACGGCCAUUGUCCUCCCGCUGAUGGAGAGCUUUGCGUCGGCGAGCUCGGCAGCGUCGCUGUUCGACGAUCUGGGCGCAUCGAUUGGCCACACGCUCCUGCUCUUUCUCCGCAAGCUGCGACGCCUGACGCUCGUCCGCGACGGAGUGGCACACGUUUACGCCCGCGAGGCAGCACAAAGCGCACUGGCAUACAAUGCGCCCGAUGCGCCGGACGCACCGGUUGACGGCGCGGCGUGCGGCGGCCAGGUUGUCAUUACCUCGCAGCCCGGGGGCGCCGCCCACGCGUUCCUGGUGUAUAAGACGGUUGUGGUGCCGCCAGCAUCGGCGCGUGAGGAGAAGCGGGCCGGCGUGGCCCUGUCGGAGAUUGUCAUCGCGUUCCGCACCGAGUACCUUGCGUCACUCGCCGAGCUGAGCGCCGAGCCGCUGUACGCUUUUUUGCCUGUGCGGUCGUACGGCCUCCCGUUUCUUGUCCAGGCUGACUUUCUGGUUGCUGCCGAUCGGGAAGACCUCAAGGCCGGGCCAUGGAACGAGUGGCUGCUGCGACAAGUGCCCGAGGCUGUGCUCGGCGCGCUGGCGCACUUUCGCGACGCCGCGUCGGGAGGCAGCAGCGAAGUGAGCAUGCAGCAAGCCGCACUGCUACUGCGGAUGCUGCCUGCGCCCGGGCGUGGUGCGGCGGCGACAGUCGAAGCUGAGUUUGCGCACCUGGUCCCGCGGGUCAUCGACGCGCUGCGGUCGAGCGCGUGCGUGCUCUCUGAGCGCGGGCGGUGGAUCAAGCCAAAGGCCGCGCUGCUGCCGUCAACUGACGCGCUGGCCAUUGCGCCGCCUGCGCUCCUGGCCUCGCUCUGUGGCCUCGAGUAUGUCGACGCCGAGCUGGCGGCGGCGGCGGCUCAGGACCCAAGUUUUGCCGACGUGCUCGCUCGGCUCGGCGUGCGCUCGUUUGACACCGACGUCUUUGUGGCGUUUGGCAGCAAGCUCAAAGGCACGAGUCUGGCGGUGACGCUGGCGUCGGCGGGCAUUGCCAGCGUCGGCGAGUGGACGAGCGCGGUGUAUGCUUACUGCGCGCGGGCGCAAGUGCCGGCUGACGACCUAGCCUCGGCGGGCGUCCCGCUUUUUCCGAUGGCAUCGUCGGGCGCCGUGCUUACGGUCGGCCAGGUGCGGAGCUCUGCGACGCCGGUCUUUGCGCCGCUCGAGCUUGCAUGCGAGGGGAGCGAUGCUGAGCUGGCGGCGCUUGCCCAGCUGGCAGCUACCGACAGCAAGUUCCGGCUUGUGGCGCGCGACGCCGUGGCACAGCUUGCGUCCGAACCAAUGGUCCGCGCGAGCGUGCGAGCGUAUUUGAGCGUGCUCGGCAUCCGCGAGCCGUCGGUGGCGAGCGUGCUCGAGGCUCAUGUGGUGCCGUCGCUGGCUCGCGCGGGACGGAGCCGCGAUCCGCACACGAGAACAGUUACUGCGGUCGGGCAUGGCGAGCUCGAGGCACUCGGAGUCUUUGCGCUGUUGGCGGUGGGCGUUGUCGGCAGCGGUAUUGUCGAGGCCGUGCGCAAAGUGCUGCUGCUGCGAGCGGCAGCGCCGCGCGAGAACGAGUACUGGCACCCGACCGAGAUGUACCUCGGAGCGUGCUACACCGGCUCGUCUGUGCUCGAGGAGCUGUUCUACGGCUCGGGCGGGGUCGUCGCGUUUGUGCACGAGGCGUACAGUGCGGCGUGUGGCUCUGUGGCGGCGACGGGCGAGGUGCUCGCCGAGUUCUUUGGCGCAGCGCGGGCGCCGCGGGUGGUGCCUGUCCAGCGGGUUGUGGCCGGGCGCGGCGCUAUUGCGGCGCUCGGCUGGCCGUCAGGCCCGGGGCUCCGGUACGAGGUUGCCGACUACGAGCUCUCUCGCGAGUUUGUGGGCGCAGCGCGGCAUUGUGCCGACAAGAUGCUUGCGCUGCUGGACGACGACGGGGAGCGGUCGGGCCUGUGGGCGAGCGAGUACGAGGCCAAGUUGUGCGGCGUGGUGCGAACUGAAGUCUGCGGUGGCAAGGGUAAGAACGCAAAGCGAACGAGCUCAGUUGUCCGCGGGUACGCGUCGCGUGCAGCGAGUCAGCUCGGCGAGGCGCUGCUGGUGCGGACCUCGAUGGGCCGAAUGGCAGCUCGGCUGGCGUUUCAGCUCGAUGGCGCACACAAGGUUCCGGGCAUCAUCGCGCAAGUCAUGCCGAUGAUGGAGGUCACGGUGAGCAACGGCUCGCUGCUGUCCGCGCUGGGUAUUUCGACCUCGCUCGACGUCGACGGCGUGCUCAAAGUGCUUGACGGGCUGGCAAGCGCAGUGGGAGUGUGUGAGUAUGCCGGAGGCGUCGAGCUCUUUGCGGCGCUGUACAAGCUGCUCUCAGAGCUGGCAAGCGCGGCGGAGCUCUCGCGGAUCGAGGCCUGGUUCCAGGGCGGGCGUCGCGUGUUUGUGCCGAGCAGUGUGAGCAGCGAUGGGGCGCAGGUGAGCGGCGAGUGGAUGAGCUCGGGCGAGGUGUACUGGAGCUCUGCGGCAGUCCACUCGAACCAGAGCGAGUACGCCGGGGCGCUGGCUGACGUGGUGUACCUUGACGAGUGGUACGAGGGCUCGCUCAAGAAGCUGUUUGUCAACGUGGCUCGUGUGCCCGAGUCGCCGCCCGUGGGGACGACGGGCGCGGUGGUGGCGCGGCUGGUGGCCAAGUACCCGGGCGUGUUCUUUGCCUUUGAUCCCCCGUCAGACUACAACCUGCUGCGGCAGCUGUAUGGCCUGAUGGCGCGGCAGCUGCGGGCGGCGGCGCUGGCGCCGGGCUCUGCCGAGCCUGUCGGGUGGAUCCACGAGCUGCUGGCGACCACGCCGGUGUUUGUGGUGAGCGCCGUCGGGCCUGCCGACGGCAAGCGGUUUUACUCGUUUGUACACGGCGCGCAGGCACUAGCCAACGACGCGCCGCAGCUCGCGGACUUGUUUGUCGGCACUGCACUGCCGACGUUGGCGCUCUCGGAGAGCGACCUGGGCACGCUCGCGCCGCUCCUCCGCGAGGCCGGAGUCCGGUCGCUGGCGGCGUCGCUCUCGGUGGCGGUCUACACCGAGGGCGACGCGCCGGCGGUGAGCGCGCCCGAGGCCGAGGCGUGGAAUCAAAAGCUGGUGAGCACGCUCCCGCACCUUGUCCAGUACUGCUACCACUGCAUAUCGCCGCGCGAUCAAUGGGAGUACGAGCUGGACCCACUUCGGCUCGGCCUGCAGGUCGUCGGCGUGCCAGGCCUACAGGCGCAGUACUACUUUAGCGACGACGUGCAGCUGCGAUCGGCGCCGACGUCGGCGUCGAUUCUGCUUCACCGCGGAACGCUGUAUUUCGACCCGAGCUCCCCGGAGCUCUGUGACGACGCGUUUGCGGUUGCGUUUGGCGACUACCUCUUCGGCGGUGUUCUCCGAAACGACGGCCUGUCGUUGUCGGACAAGGCUGGCAUUGUCUCGUUCCUCACGCUUGUACUGGGCCGGCUCGCAGCCGGUGGCGAGGCCGAGGUCGCCAAGCUCAUGGCCGCUCGCGGCCUGCCGGUGUAUCGCCAGCGGGUCCCAGUGCAGCGGCAGGUGGAGCAUAUGACGCGGUUCUUCCUCGCAGAGGCAAGGGAGCGUGUUCUAGAGAUUGAGACGGAUGCGGAAGAGCAGUUUUGCAUUGAGCAUGCCAUGCUCGUCGAGCGCGCUGUUGCAACCAUCUCGUCAGAGUUUGAGCGCAAGCGGAACCAGGCUGAAGUCGCCUCCAAAAUUCGCGUGGCGAACAUCAAGAACGCGGCUCGGCUGGCAGUGCUGCGGGAGCGGAACUCGUCGCUGCAGGAGCUGUUCCAGAAGGCACGGCGGAAGCUGGCGGCCAAGGGUACGGGCGAGGGGUAUCAGGCGCUGUUUGAGAAGCUUCUGAUGCAGGCGCUGAUCAAGGUGAUGGAGCCCAAGGUGGUGGUCAAUGUCCGUGAGGCAGACCUGGCGCUGGCCAAGAAGGUCAUUCCGGGCGUGGUGGCCGAGUACGAAGAGAAGACUCGGACCAAGAUCGAGAUCAAGCUCGACGAGAAGCGGUUCCUCCCGGCGUCGCCGCUCGAGGUGGAGGACGGCGCGCCGUCGUGCUGCGGCGGCGUCCUCGUCUCGGCCCGCAAGGGCAAGAUCAUGUGCUCGAACACCCUCGACACUCGCCUGGAGAUCGCGUACGAGAACCUGCUCCCGCAGGUCCGCUCCAUGCUCUUUGACGAAAGCGAGUAGGCCGGGCUGGCGACUGCAGCCAUACCGCGCCCGUAAACCACAAAGCCCCA